UAGCCAUCUUCCAAUACUUUUCUUUUAGAAAAAUACUGAUAAUGAAAAUUGAGUUGAUAUGGUUCAUGUGCUCUUUUCUUCAUUCAUUUACACGAAAUUUUAUCCACAAAACUAUCCAUUAAAAAUCCAUCUUGGAGGGAACUAACGGCUAGUGUUCAAAAAUGGAAACACCCUUCUCCUCUGUUCUCUCAUCUCUGUCUCUCCCAGCACAAGAGCCAACCAAAAAUUCCAUCUCCAAUCUAGUCCCAGUGACAAACAGCAUCAUUUCCUCAUUGAAAUCUUGCUCAACUAUCAAAGAAUUCUCUCCAAUUCAUGCCCAUUUGAUCACCACAAAUCUCAUUCAUGACCCUGCCAUGGCCAGCCAUGUCCUCCACUUCUUCGUUUCUAGAGAAAACUCCCAUUACGCCCAUAGAGUUUUUAGUCAAAACCAGGAGCUAGAAACCAUGAUUUGGAAUACCCUUUUGGAGAAUCAUCUCAUAGAUGGUUCUUUAGACCAAGUUUUGUUGACUUAUUGUCACAUGGUUUCUCAACGGGUGUCAUUAGAUAUCUCCACAUUUCACUUCCUAAUUCAUGCUUGUGCUAGAAACUUGGCCUUUCAAAGAGGGGAAGAAGUCCAUGGCAGAUUAGUGAAAUCUGGGAUGGGGAGGAACAAGUCCUUGAAUAACAACUUGAUGGCUUUUUAUUCGAAAUGCGGGAAAGUUGAUAAAGUUCGCCAACUGUUCGAGAAAUUGUCCCACAGAGAUGUGAUUAGUUGGAAUACUAUGAUUUCAUGCUAUGUUCAAAUGGGAAUGCCUGGUGAGGCUUUGAAUCUGUUUCGACGAAUGCAGGUUGAUGGAGUUGUGGCGGAUGAGAUAACCAUGAUCAGCUUACUUUCGGCAUGUUCAAAGCUAAGAGAUUUGGAAAUUGGAGAAAAGUUACACCGCUAUAUAGAGGAGAAUGAUUUGGAGCUUGGUGGGAAUUUAUUGAAUUGCUUGGUGAACAUGUACAUAGAAUGUGGGAGAAUGGAGAGAGCACAUGAGCUUGUGGCUGAAUGCAAAACUGAUAGUGAUGUUGUUUUGUGGACUAGUUUGGUUGGAGGGUAUGUGAAAGCCAAGAAGAUAUAUGCAGCUAGGUGUGUGUUUGACCAUAUUGGGGAGAAGAAUUUGAUCGCGUGGAUGACAAUGAUUUCGGGUUAUGUUAAAGGAGGGUACUACCAUGAAAGUCUAGAGCUGUUUCGGCAAAUGAGGGUUGAAAACACGAUGCUGGAUGAAGUUCUUCUUGUGACGGCACUUUCUGCGUGUACACAUGUGGAAGAUUGGAAGCUAGGACGAUCCAUCCACAGUUUGGUGGUGAAAUGUGGGAUGGUUGUUGAUGGGUUUCUUGGAAAUACUCUCAUACACUUGUAUGCACAAUGUGGGGAACUCAAUGAGGCUCCCUUGAUAUUUAAGCAGUUGCCUAGUAAGAGUGCUGCCUCAUGGAAUUCCAUGUUGGAUGGGUUCUGCAAAAGUGGAGACAUUGACAAGGCAAAGUCCUUUUUCAAUGAGAUUCCUAACAAAGAUGUGAUUUCUUGGAACACUAUGAUCAACUGCCUCGCUAAGUCUCAUUGUUUCGGAGAUUUGUUCGAGCUGUUCAGAGAGAUGCAGAGUUCGGCUAUAAAACCUGACAAGCUGACUUUGCUCAGCGUGCUAUCUUCCUGUGCUAGUGUCGGAGCCCUGAAUCAUGGCAUCUGGGUCCAUGUCUACAUAGGAAAAAAUCAUGUAAAGAUAGAUAACAUGUUGGGAACUGCUCUCAUUGACAUGUACGGCAAGUGUGGGAGCAUUGAAAAGGCUGGCGAGGUAUUCUCUCAUCUAGCUGAAAAAAAUGUGUUUGCGUGGACGGCCAUUAUAGGAGCACAUGCCAUAGAAGGGCAAGCUGCAAAAGCAAUCGAUCUUUACUCAGAAAUGGAAGCAACGGGAAUAAAGCCGGAUCAUGUCACUUUCACAGCCCUUUUAUCUGCUUGUAGCCAUGGGGGGUUAGUGAGUGAAGGGUUCUCAUAUUUCAAUAAGAUGAGCAGUGUAUACAACAUUACUCCUAAUAUACAACAUUAUGGGUGUAUGGUUGAUCUUCUAGGAAGAGUUGGGCAAUUGGAUGAGGCACUAAAAUUCAUUGAACUCAUGCCAAUUAAACCAGACAUCUCCAUAUGGAGUGCUUUUCUGAAAGCAUGUGGAAGCCAUCAGAAUAUUGAGUUAGCAGAGUAUGCAUUUCAACAGCUCAUAGAAUUAGACUCUCUAAAUGAUGCAGCUUAUGUUCUUCUUUCAAACACGUAUGCAAAAGCUGGUAGAUUGGAUGACAUGAGUCACACGAGAAAGAAACUUCAUGAACUUGGAAUAAGGAAGAAACCAGGGUGUAGUGUAAUAGAACAAGAUGACAUUAUGCAUGAAUUUACGUCUGCUGAUUUCUCAAACCCUCGGUCUGCAAAAAUCUACUCCUUGUUGGAUGAGAUGAAGGGCAGGUUUGGAAAACUUGGACUGCAAGAAACAUCAGCUCAUCAUAGUGAAAGGUUGGCGGUUGCUUUCAGUUUAAUAAGCAAUUCUGAGAGAACCCCAAUUCGUGUAGUGAAUAAUUUGAGGAUUUGUGGAGAUUGUCACUCAGCCAUGAAACUUAUAUGUAAGGCCUAUGACAAAGAGAUUGUUAUCCGGGAUAACUACAGAUUCCACCGGUUUGUAGAUGGUAAUUGCUCUUGUAAAGACUAUUGGUAA